AUGGGCAGCAGUGACAUCGCCCCUUCAGACACUACAGACGGGAUGUCGGAUGUGAUGUCAGACCGGAAAGUGGAGCAGCGGGAGGCCGCAGAGAGCACAGAGGCGGACGAGAAUGUGGCGCCUCAGAAAUGGCCCUCGGCCCCGGAACAGAAGUGCGCGCAGGCGAUCCCCUCGAGGAGGGGAAGCCAAGCCCUCAUGCACAAGACCCCUGAUGAUGCCAACGUUUGUAGCAUAAACAGACCAAACAUGAAUAGGAAUGACUUUGGAUGCAGUUGGUCAAUUGUUCCAAGAAGACAGGCCAGAAACCAAGAAUCAUUAAAUAGGUCACAGGAUGACAGACUCCAGAGAGAACACAGGAGGUCUCCUUCCAGAGCCCAGAGAGGGGAGGUGCCUCUGCAGGGCUGCGUGAGGGACAGGAACAGGAGGACAGAGGAGGUGCGGGGCCCAGGACCCUUUUUCUUCAUCGGAGGAGGGAACGGGGCCGCCGUAGUGGCUUCGUAUUGUGAGAGCCAAGGAUGGCAGCGCAUCCACGACAGGACGCGGGAAGACUACAAGCUGAAGUGGUGCGAGAUCAAGUCAAAAAUCACCUACUACAAUUUUAGGGAAGGAGAACAGCUGCUGUUCCAGAUCCCCAACAACAGGGUUCUGACCACUAAGAUCGGGCUCCUGUGCAGCCUGAGGGAGUAUGAGCGCGUCAGCAGCAAGGUGAACUACGGCCGAGGGAUGAGGAGGCUGAAGAUGGAGGAGUUUUUCCCCGAAACCUUCCGCAUGGACAUUAGAGAUGAGAGAGAUGCUUUCUUCGCCCUGCAGAAAGCGGGGGCGGAGGGUGGCGGGCGUCCCCAGGCCUGGAUCUGCAAGCCCACCGGCCUGAACCAGGGCCGGGGCAUCUUCCUGCUGCGUACGGAGGAGGAGGUGCGGGCCUUCCAGGCCCAGCUGCUGAGCACCGAGGAGAACCACAACUACAGGAGGCCGCCUUUCCGCCUGCCCCAGGCCCGAAUCGUGCAGAGGUAUAUCGAGAACCCCCUCCUCCUGAAAGGCAGGAAAUUUGACGUGCGAUCCUACUUUCUCAUCGCGUGCACCACACCAUACAUGGUGUUCUUUCGCCAUGGUUACGUUAGAUUGACCUGCGAAAUGUAUGAUCCCAACUCUAACAACCUAUCUGCCCAUUUGACCAAUCAGUACAUGCAGAAGAAGAACCCUCUGUACAACGCGCUGAAGGAGGAAACGGUCUGGUCCAUGGAGCGCUUCAAUGCCUAUGUUAAUGAGCAGUUCAGGGAGGCCAAGGCCCUCCCCCAGGACUGGGUGCUGGGAGCUUUCACAAAGCGGAUGCAAGUGAUCGUGUCGCAGUGCUUCCUGGCAGUGAAGGCCAAACUGGAACGCAAGCUGGGCCUCUUCGAUCUGAUUGGCUGCGACUUCAUGAUUGACGAGGACUUCAAGGUGUGGCUCCUGGAGAUGAAUUGUAACCCUGCUCUCCACACUAACUGCCAGGCCUUGAAGGAGGUGGUGCCCAGCGCAGUCAAUGAGACUCUUGACCUGGCCCUGGAGAUCUUCUCUAAGUGUCGGAGUGGGCAGAAGCUGCUGCCUCUGGCCAGUCAGCGGAACUUUGUCCUGCUGUACGGGGCCCACUGCAUCCCAGACCACCGGAGCAGAACCCCACGGCCCUUCAGAAUGCUCCACCAAAAGACCCCCAGGACCCAGAGGGCAGCCAACGAGGCCGCAAACGGGAGGAGCCUGCCCGCCCCCACGGCCCAGGCCCCGCCCACGCACCCCCCCAAACCGGCAGAGAACCGCAGGCCGGUCGUGGUGAAAGUGCCCAAGCCCAGGGGAACAUGGCUGCCCCUCCCCAAACCUCUGCAGCUGGGCACCUGGGACCUGCCGUCCGACACACCGUGGGUCCCCCGGCCCGCUGUCCAAAACCGGGGGAGGAGCAUCGUCUUGUCCCUCUCCACCCCCGGGCUGGGCGGCGAAUCAGGCGUCUCUAUUCCUCAUCUCAGGGAGAGCUCUGCCUCACUGCAGAAGGAGCGGCGCGUCAACUCCUGUCUGAAGUCCACACAGCUACCCGUGCACCGGGGGCACCCGAGGCCCCCUGGCGAGGAGGAGCAACAUGGAGCCACGCAAUGA